GAGGUGGCGCGGGGAAGGCCAGCGGGGGUUAAUUGCCGGAAGAGGAAGCCUUUCGCUGGAGUGGGGUAUCGCGGCCAGGGUCGCGAACUAGCGACUGUGGGGUUGGCAGGUGCGCGGCGUCAGCACCUAGCAAGCGAUGUCACCUGGCGCGAGCGCCCCGGGGUAGCGCAGACUAGGCUGCGAGGCCCCAACGCGCCCUCCCGCGCCCCUCCUGGACCCUUUCGCUUGACCGCCCGAGCCGGGACAGCUAUGGAGCUCCUUCGGCUGCUGGUUCUUGUGGUGCUUGCCCUGGAACCGGGGGUAGCUGGAGGAGCCGAGGCUGUCGGGAACUCCAGCGAAGAAGCUGAAGCUGAAGAUGUUCCUAACACAAGUCAACUGCUCAGAGGGUUAUGGGCAAGAUAUGAACCCCAGGUGUGACUCCCUGCAAAUGUCAUGGCCCUCCUACUGCAACAAAGCUGCCUUCCACAUUUAGGGCUAAUGAAAAUUCCUAAGAUAAAAAUGAGAAAUUGGGAGCGGCAGUUGAAUGCUGGCCAGCUCAAGUAGCUAAACCAUUUUUAUUUUUAAUAUUUCAUCUGAAGAAGGUUACGAAGACCAAGCUAGGACAGACCUCCUCUAGAAUUUGGUUGCUGCAUUGAAGCUUAAACAAUGGAGGUCUUAUUGAAUUUUCUCUGGGGAAAUUUAGAUACUUCAAGCUCAACAAGCCCUUUCCAGAGGAAGCUGUUUUGCGUCAUAUUUCCAGCAAUGCAACUUUUCUUAUUUUCCAAAUACACUCACAGUAUCAGAAUACAACAGUGUCUUUUUCUAAGACUCCUCUUCCGAGUACCUCGGGAACAGGCAGCGACAUAGGACUGGUUUUCAUUCUUAGACCAGAGCAGAGUAUGUGCACAUGGCACUUAGAGGCUGCAGAUGCUGAGCCUGUCCAGAAUAUGGCUAUUCCACUCUCCUAUUCAGAAGGAGAUCCUGUCCCUGGAGGCUGUAAUUUGGAGUUUGAUUUAGAUAUCGAUCCCAACAUUUACAUGGAGUAUAAUUUCUUUGAAACGAGCAUCAAAUUUGCUCCAGCAAACCUAGGCUAUGCAAGAGGCACAGACCCUCCGCCAUGUGACGUUGGGAUGGGCCAGGACUCUAGGUGGAGGUUGCGGUAUGAUGUCUAUCAGUAUUUUCUGCCCGAGAAUGACCUCACUGAGCAGGUGUUGCUGAAGCAUCUGCAGAGGAUGGUCGAGGUGCCUCAGGUGAAGGCCAAUGCCGUCAAGGUGGUUACCCUAACAGCUAAUGAUAAGACAAGUAUUUACUUCUCCUCUCUCCGGGCACAAGGUGUAAUUUAUAAUGUCAUUGUUUGGGACCCACUGCUAAAUACAUCUGCUGCUUAUGUUCCUGUUCACACAUACGCUUGCACCUUUAAGGCAAUGGAGGGUAAUUGUUCUUCCCUUGGAAGAGUAUCUACCAAAGUGUUCUUUACUCUCUUUGCCCUGCUUGGUCUCUUCAUUUGUUUCUUUGGACACAGAUUCUGGAAAACAGAACUAUUCUUUAUAGGUUUCAUCUUCAUGGGAUUCUUCUUUUAUAUACUGAUUACAAGACUGACACCUAUUAAGUAUGAUAUUCGUCUGAUUCUAACAGCCAUAGCGGGAAGCAUUGGUGGAAUUUUCUUGGUCGGUACAUGGUGGCGAUUUGGAACCCUCGUGUUCUGCAUGCUGUGUGUUGGACUAGUGCUGGGGUUCCUCAUCUCAUCUAUGAUGUUCUUCACUCCGCUGGGAAACUUAAAGAUUUUUCGUGAUGAUGUUGUGUUUUGGGUCACCUUCUCUUGUAUAGCUGUUAUCAUUCCAGUAGUUUUCAUGGGCUGCCUAAGAAUACUGAACAUACUGACUUGUGGAAUUGUUGGCUCCUAUUCGGUGGUUUUGGCCAUUGACAGUUACCUGUACACGAGCCUUUCCUACAUGACUCUGAAUGUACUCAAGAGAGCGCUCAACAUGGAUUUCCGCAGAGCUUUCACAAAUGUGCCUUUUCAAACUACUGACUUUAUUAUCCUGGCAGUAUGGGGGAUGCUGGCAGUAAGUGGAAUUACAUUACAGAUUCGAAGAGAAAGAGGUCAACCAUUUUUCCCUCCCCACCCUUAUAAGGUAUGGAAGAGAGAGAGAGAGCGCAGAGUAACGAACAUUCUGGACCCUAGCUACCACAUCCCUCCACUGAGAGAGAGGCUGUAUGGUCGAUUAGCCCAGAUCAAAGAGUUCUUCCAGGGAGAACAGUCGGCUGGAGAGAGAACACCCCUACUUCUGUAGAUGCCUAAGGGCUUGGUCAUGGUGCUCUUGAAGUACAACCUGAGCUCUACCUUAGCUAGGGUGUUCAUGCCAAGACUGCUUCCGUAAUCACAACUACAAGUCUAAUAAAAGAGCUGGCUUAUAUAUCUGUGUUUUACAUGAUACUAUGGUCUGUUUAUUGCUACAUGGUAAGGGCAUACUAGGGAAAUUAGGAUUAGUCCGAGAGAGAUGGUCAAAAGUUGGCGAUAAGGUAGUUUUUUUAUUUCAAAAUGCUUGAGAAAUUGCCUUUUGGUAAAUUUUAAAAUUUGGAAACUACCUUUUGGUUUACAAAUGUACCGAUUAACUUAUUCCAUUAAAUAAAAACCAAAAAAACCAAAUCUAUUACUGUCAAGUUGAUUCCGACUCACAGCGACCCUAUGGGACAGAGCAGAACUGCCCCAUAGGGUUUCCAACGAGUGGCUGGUGGAUUUGAACUGCCUACGGUUUGGUUAGCAGCUGAGCUCCUAAGGAUACAUUUAAAAAUGAAUUAAAAAAUAAUAAUAUGACGAUUCUCCUGCAGAGCCCCGGGAUUUCUGUUUAUAACUCUGUCAACAUUUCUCUCACCUUUCUAAAUGGGGAGGCGGUGGUUUUAUUUAAAUGUUAUACUGAAUUUGCCACUGUGUUUUGGGCAAACCACUGUGCUAUGGGCACUGGUAAUAUGUUGGAAUGCCAAGGAUCCACAUAACUUACUGGGUCUUUUAUGGUUGUUUCAUAUACUUGGUGAGUUUAACCACUAUUUAAAUGAUGCUGCUUUUUAUGUUUUUUUUCAAAGUACAGUAGAUAUUUGAAGUUUCAGGUUACCGAAAAAUCUUCAACUUUUGCUUUUAAGAAUAUUUUCAGAAGGAUGAAACAAUGAAAAAAAUAUAAAACUAAUUUUUGCCUUGAAAAACUAUAUGCAGGUGUCUAUUAUUUAUUAAUCUAACUUCAGUAAAACUUAAACUUGGAGAAAAAUAUUUUUUGUAAUUCACUGUAGAGACACUUGCUUCUACCAUAUCUUUGUACAUUCUAACAGAAUUAUAUGGAAUGUUUGUGAGUUAUUUUCUGUACCAUCAAAAUAUACUGCCAGCAAAGACUGUAAAGCAGAACACACUUUUUUGGGGGGGGGAGGAUACAAAUUGUUUAAAAUUUUUCAUAUGUUAAAUUAUAAGUAAUAAAAAGGCAGUGUGCAUAAUUUUUAUAAUAAAUAUUUUGAAAAAAUGCAGAAAAGUCUCAUUAUUAUGAAAUGUUAUAAAAUUUUUCACCCACUAUAUUUGUACCAUAGCAAUAAGACAUGAGAGAACAGUUUUCUAGCUAUAGAAACAAAAUUUAAGCUGGAAAAAGAAUUCAGUUCUUUAUUAAAAAAAUCAAUUUAAGUGUAAUUCAAAUAAUAGAAAGUGAAGGAAAUCUGGGGCAAAACAAACAAAAAAACCAAACCCGGUGCUGUUGACUCGAUUCCAACUUACAGCAACCCUACAGGACAGAGUAGAACUGCCCCAUAGAGCUUCCAAGGAGCGCCUGGUGGAUUCGAACUGCGGACCCAUUGGUUAGCAGCCAUAGCACUUAACCACUACACCACCAGGGUUUCCAAAUCUGGGGCAGUGUGUUAAAAUUUAUAUUCUUUGGUAGGAGGAAAGUUGACUCUAACAUUGGGUUAAUUUGUGUUAGUGUCAUUAGUACUUCUGAUGUGUCAAACUGAAGAAAAAUAGUAACAUAGGAAAAGCUGUUACAAAUGUUGUAAAAGGGUUCUGAUUAACAUGUUAUAUAGGUUAGCAACCAGUUUGCCAAACCACAAAAGCUAACUAGUGCUAUAGGCCAGUUGAGUUCUGUAGAAGGUGGGAUUGGAAAGCUGAUUCUAACAACAAAGAAAUUGCUGGAAUAUUAGGCCUGGGGAGAUUGGCAGAUCUGGACCAAGCCACAGUGCAAGAUACAAAUUAAAAAAAAAAAAAUAUAUAU